GAUGCAACAGUAUUUCUUUUUUGAGAUUCAAUAGUAAUUACAGAUACAUCAUUUUUAUUUAUUUAUCUCUAAGAUCACUUUGGAAAGGUGGAGCAGUUAUGUUUUAACCUACAGUUGGAGUGUGUGUUUGAGCGAAGGCCGUCGGUCUCUUUCUGCAAGCUGCCAGGUCAACUAGAAGGUGGGCGGGUUGGAGCAUCACCAGGUGGUAGUUGACUGGUCAGGGGUUAGGUGUCAGGUGAUCUUUGACUAAUUGGGGCAUUGCUAGCUGAUGGUUGAUUGGUUGGGUUGUGGCCAGGGGCCUCAUGUACAAAGACUUGCGUGGAUUUCUGAGUAAAACUUUGCGGACGCCAAAAUUUGGAAAGCUGCUGCGCACAAAUAAAUCCGGAUGUAUCAAUCCUUGCGUAAGCACGAUUUCACGCAGAUUCUCUUUGUACAUCCCAAUUAACGUGAAAUUGUGCGCACGUGCACGAGCCCGACUCUCCGCCCAGUCUCCUCCCUCAUUUAAUAUGCUAAUUAGUAUAAACAGGCCUGCAGUAGUGCGCUUGUUAGGAGAAAGGAGAUAAUGGAUAAAGCAAGAAAGAAGAACUUUAGCGAAUGCGAGGUGGAAGUGCUGAUUUCGGAGGUAGAGGCCAGAAAUAAAAUCUUGUUUGGCUCUCUUUCCUCCGGAAUCAGCACUAAAACAAAAAAACUGGCGUGGGAAUCGGUAGCAAAAUCUGUUAAUGAGGUUGGGGCGGAAAGCCGAACUGUGGCGGAUAUAAAAAAAAAGUGGUCGGACAUAAAAGUUGAUGUCAAAAAAAAGGUCUCUGCCCACCGGAGAAGCGUGGGUCAGACGGGCAGCGGAGCCGGAGUCGGGGAGCUCGCCCUAUUCGAGCAGAGGGUGGCCGCAGUGCUGGGGGAUCGGCUCCUUUUUGGCGUGGUCCCGCCAGCCGAAGGGGAUUCCGACUUGGCCCAGGAUCCCACGGAAGACAGCCAAGGACCAAGUGGCGCACAGCUGAUGGUGCCAGAGGAAGACCCCCAGCCAGGCGUGUCCGGCGUCUCCGUCUCCACUGCCCAUUGCCCCCCUUCUGCUGCCAGUGGGAAAGGCCGGGUUUUAACUCGCGCUGUGCUGGACUCGCAGGAGGAGAUCGUUAAGGGAAUUCAGGAGAUGAAUUCGAACCUCAAAGAAAUAACGGAGGCCUUACAAGCAAUUAGUCUCACAUUCAAAGAACUAGUUAAAAAAUGAAUGUUGUCUCCGUUUACCUUUUUUAU